CUCAGCUGAACCGACUUUUUGCGUUAAUAUCGAAAUUCCUAGUUUAACGCACAUUAACUCCGAUCGAUGGCUUCUCCGGGUCGAGAUCCCCAGGAAGCCGUCCAAUCGCUACGCUUGCUUGACGAGGGCCUGAAGUUCUUUGCCACCAAGAUGGGCGGCCACCAGCAAAUGCUCUUACGGACGAGUUGUCAAGGACUGAGUCCGGAGGAGCGGCAGCAGCUGAACGAGUCGCUGGGCCAGUGCCUUGCCGGCAUGUCCUUACUGGCGGCUAUAGUGCGCUCGCGUCACCUGCGCCUGGACGUCGAUCGGACGCUGCUGCUCGUGGAGCAGGCGGAGCUGGACGGCCAGCUCGAGGUGUGCGAGGAGCGCCUGCGGGUGGCGCAGUGCGAGCUGCAGGGUAAGCGGCUGGAGCUUCUGCAUCAGAUGGCAGCCACGGCCAGAAUGGGCCAAAGCCUGGCUGCUGCCAAGGAGCGCAUCCAGGAGCUGGAGGAGCGCAACCGAAAACUGGAAGAUCUGAGACAGGACAAAACGGACCUGUAUGAGUCACGGGGCGUGAUGUUGUGCUACCGGGGCUUUGACAUCAGCCAGCAGUUAAUCCUGACCAGGAUGCGGGUGAACGACUUCGAGAACGCCUGUACGCAGCUGCGAAGGCGCAUCCUGGAGCUGAAGCUGCGGCGUGUCCAGCGGCGACGGCUGCUCUGCCAGGAGGUGCAGCGACUGCGCCUGGCGCAUGAGCAGCAAGUGCCCCCUGUUCUUGUGCAUCUGUGGCACCGUCUCCGCUUUGUGUGGAACUGUGUGAACUGCCUGGCGCAGGUAACCGGCGUGGACCGUCCACAGGUUGAGGCGAAGAGCAAGAUGGACGCCUUACAUUUGUUCGUGGCGGGCUUUUAACAAACCGUUAUUUGUUAUCACUACACGUACAUAUAUUGAUUUAUACUUUAUCAUUGUUAAAGUUGGCACAUCAGGCUGAGCCUGAUACAAAUAUAAUUAAGUUUAGCAAUUUCAAA